CUCCCCACGUUCAGUCUGGCUGGCCUCAUGUUACUGAGCGGAGCUGCUCCUGCCGGCUCCGGCCCGGGGCCGCGGGCGCAGGGGAGCGCGGGGGGCGGCCCGGCUGGAUCGCGCCGGGGCGCCGGAGGUGCGGGAACCGGCCCAGGAGGGGGCGGCAGCGGCGGAGUGGCCAAGUGGCUCCGGGAGCACCUGGGCUUCCGCGGGGGGGGCGGCGGCGGAGGUGGGGGCAAGCCGGCGCCCCCGGAGCCGGACUACCGCCCCCCCGCACCUUCCCCGGCCGCGCCCCCCGCACCUCCCCCGGACAUCUUGGCCGCCUACCGACUUCAGAGGGAGCGCGACUUUGAAGACCCUUACUCCGGGGGGCCGUCCGGCUCCGCUGCUCUAGCCACCCCUGCCGUUCCCGGCCCCACGCCGCCCCCGCGCCACGGCUCGCCACCCCACCGCCUUAUUCGGGUCGAGACCCCUGGCCCCCCAGCGCCUCCGCCCGAGGAACGGAUCUCUGGACCACCCGCCAGCAGCGACAGGCUAGCAAUUCUAGAAGACUAUGCGGAUCCGUUUGAUGUUCAGGAGACCGGUGAAGGCCCAAUAGGAGCUUCAGGAGCCCCAGAGAAGGUCCCCGAGAAUGACGGUUACAUGGAGCCCUAUGAGGCCCAAAAGAUGAUGGCCGAGAUCCGGGGCUCCAAGGAGACAGCAGCUCAGCCCUUGCCUCUGUAUGACACGCCCUAUGAGCCAGAGGAGGAGGAGGGGGCCACCCCGGAAGGUGAGGGGGCCUCCUGGCCCCGGGAGUCCCGCCUGCCAGAGGAUGAUGAGAGGCCCCCUGAGGAGUAUGACCAGCCCUGGGAGUGGAAGAAGGAGCGGAUUUCCAAAGCCUUUGCAGUUGACAUUAAGGUCAUCAAAGACCUACCUUGGCCUCCACCGGUGGGACAGCUGGACAGCAGCCCCUCCCUUCCCGACGGGGACAGGGACAUCUCCGGUCCAGCCUCACCCCUCCCUGAGUCCAGCCUGGAGGACGGCAGCGCCCAGUUUGAAGGAUCUGAGAAGAGCUGCCUGUCACCUGGCCGGGAGGAGAAGGGGCGGCUCCCUCCCCGACUCUCUGCAGGGAACCCCAAGUCAGCCAAGUCCCUAAGCGUGGAGCCCAGCAGCCCCCUGGGGGAGUGGACAGACCCAGCACUGCCUCUGGAAAACCAGGUCUGGUACCACGGGGCCAUCAGUCGAACAGAUGCCGAGAACCUGCUCCGGCUGUGCAAAGAGGCCAGCUACCUGGUGCGCAACAGUGAGACCAGCAAGAACGACUUCUCCCUGUCCCUCAAGAGCAGUCAGGGCUUCAUGCACAUGAAGCUGUCCCGGACCAAGGAACACAAGUAUGUGCUGGGCCAGAACAGCCCGCCCUUCAGCAGCGUCCCUGAAAUCGUGCACCACUACGCCAGCCGCAAGCUGCCCAUUAAGGGGGCCGAGCACAUGUCCCUGCUCUACCCCGUGGCCAUCCGGACUCUGUAGGUGUGAGGCCUGGGCAUUGUGACAGAUCUGGACCCAGCCCUGUGCUCAUCCCCUGGCUGAGGGCUGUGGCCCUUCCUGGGCCACAUGAUCUCUCAAACCUUUCUUGGCCCUCUCCCUGGAAUCGAGUGGCAGCUGGAGAUUCCUUAAUUUAUUCUAAAGGGAAGGACUACUGGAGCCUUGGAAUAAGAGGUAGUCUGGAGCUGAGGAUAGAGGACUCCCUGGGGAGAAAGGAUAGCCCCUGGAGGAAGGGAUUUCAGAAUCGCUGAUCUCCUGAGGAGUUUAAGAUAGACAGCUCCAGCCUCUUUCUUCCCCUAGGGCAGAGGUGGCGACCUCCACCCUCUUUACCCAGGGGUGGAGGGGUGGAUUGGGAAUGGAGCUGGACGCGGGCCUUCGGGGUGCUCUAACCACCUCUCCGCCUACACCCCCAAACCAUCGGCGGGCUCCGCCGGAGUCUGGUGCGGGGCUUCGGGGAGACGGCAUUGGGCGGGGGGAAGGAGGGGAAGGGCUCGGCCGGAGGGAACUUGUACAGGCCCGGGGCCGCCCCGGCUCUGGGCCAGAGGCAAUAAAUAAACCCAGUCCUGCCAGGCACAGCCGCUUCCGCGCCUCCAGCGCCGCAGCUCCCUCCUGCCCCCUCCUCCAUUCCCCCCCCCCCCCCCCGGGCUGACGGGGGAGGGAGUUGAGCGAGCACAGAUUCUGUUUAUAAAUCAGCUCUGGAGCGGACACAGGCGGCUGUGAAAAGCACUUUCGAAGCAUCAAGUUCCUUCCUUUGACGAGAUGUCAAAACAUCCCCCCUCGCCCCCACCCCGGCUUGGGGCACCAGAGCCGGCCUGCCGCGCGGCGCCCCCUCCCCGCCGCCCCGACGAGCGCGGCUCCCAGAGAGCGCAUCUAAUUUCCUGCCAACAGCCAUUUGUCUGGGAGGAGGGGAGCCACGGAGAGACAAAGAGGCAGCGCGCCAGGCGGGAGGGAGCGGGGCGCCCCUGCCACGCGGAAGCCGCACGCCGGCGGAGGCGGGAAAGCUGGCGGGCCGACUGCGUUUCCUUUCCAGAGGAAGCGGGGGCCUGCCGCGCCUCCCGCGGCCCCGGGCCGAUGGGUCCGACCCCGAGACCUGAAGCCGGCCAGCCUGGGCCCGGAUCUCCCUCGUGGCUGUGGCGCCUGGCGGGGCCGUCCGCGCGCGCCCCCUGAUGGCCGCGCCUCUACCGGAGGGGCCACACCGCCCGCGGCCCUGGCGGCCCCCCAGCCCGCGCCCGCAGCUGGAACUCGCCGAGACCUGGGGCCCAGUCCCUGGGGAAUACCACCGGGCCGCCAGGCGGAGCUGCUGUCAAACCACUCCAGGCCCGCCCUCCCGCUCCCGUGAGCAAGCUGAACAGAAGCUCCCAAUGACCGAUGACCCGCUGAACUAACACCCUCGGGUCGGCUGCCCAGUCUGAGAGCCUCCUCCAGAACGGAUACCUGCAACUCCCAAGCGUGGUGUGAAGCACGGGAAUUUGGAUUUUCUAAUCCAGUGGCUCGUUUCUCGAAAUCGAGGAUAUGUGAUCUGACGAAUGCAAGAAUUCUGUGGGGACAGUGGAAAGGAUCACUUGAAAUUGAGUCCUGCUUCAAACAUUCCAUCAUAGAGGUUGCCCUAUGCUUAAGUAGACUUGGAGGGCAUUCAGUUAUUUUGCAGAUGAGAAAACAGAGGCCCAAAGAGGUUAGGUGAUGUGCUCAUCAGUCUCCUUGCUGUCAUCUCACUACACAGAAGACUCAUACAGGCACUCAUACAGGUGCUCCACCCUCCCAUGGCUCAGAGGACCAGGAGUAACUGAGGUCCUGGGGCAAGCCAGUGAACUCUGGCUCCCUGUAGACUCCUGCUGUGUCUUGCUACGCUGCUCCCUUCUUUGUGCCCAGCCCACCAUCACCAGAAGCCCUCACACCUCCCUCUGCCCCUCCUGACCAGGCCUCAGGAGUCCCACACUAGCCACCCUGAGAGGCCCUCUGUCAGGAAAGGUGCCCCUGAGCAGGGGAAGGGGUCUCUAGCUGGGGCGCUUGGCCUUGGAGGGGUUCCCUUAGUCAGUGGGUACAGGCAAGCUCAAAGAGAACGUGUGGACCAGCCUCGGUGAGCUGGCUGCGUGAGGACCCCACCCUGCAGCAGAAUAAAGAAACCCUAAGGCAGGAAAGUGGCUUAUUUAUAAAAGGCUAUUAGAGCAGGAAGAGGAGAGAAGAGCUGAGGAGCACUGAGGCCUGUUGGGGCAAGUUUUGACUACAGUACACGUUUAAAAAGUUGGCAGAAAAGAUCAACUGUGCUGUUAGAAUGGGGUGCUGAGGGGGUCCUGUAAAUUGCUCUCUGUGGGUCUACCCUCUACCCUCUCUAAGGCAUUUGCCAGCCGUUUUGACAGUGGGGAGCUCAGAGGAGGGGAGAUUUGGGGGAAGGGGUUUUAGGAUGCCAGCAUCUGUGCUCCCACUUCAUCCUUAGGCUCACAGUCCCCUAAACACACACACACACACACACACACACACACACACACAAUUUUUCUGCUCCAGUUUUUUGAUUUUUUUUCUUAUUUUGGAAGAAGAGGUGUCACUUUGCCCCAAAGCAAUAAUAGCUCUCCUACCUCCCAACAUCUAGUCCCCACACAGUGCCUUGCAUUUCUCCAGGCUGAGAGCUUCCAGGCCUGGGAGUCCCUGAACCCGCAUGAGGUGACUAACCAUGGCCACCUGGACCAAGGUUGGGAGGUGCGAAUGGGGAGACGGCUGAGGGAGCCAGAAACAGGAAAGCUACAGGUGAGGUAUGGGGCCAAACCUCUGCUCAGCUGGGCAGUGGGCAGAGGCCCUGGGCAGGAGGCCUAGAAGUUCUCAUGAUGGUAGGAGAAAUGAAUCCCAUCCUGCCUGUUGAUGAGCUGACAGGCCUUUUCCACAUUCUUGGUCAUGCCACGGGGGUCACAGCUAAACACCCCGAUCUUCUGGACCUGUUGGAGGAAGAAGUGAAGGCUAGCUCAGUGUUCAGAGGGAGGGCUAGUCCUUGGUGAGGACCAUUCCGUGUUCCUGAUGAAGGUUUGCUUUGUACCAUGCAUGGUGAGGGCUGCCUCAAUGUUUAUAAAACUAACUCAAUUUUGGUAGACUUGCUCUCUGUGCAUCCAGCCUUUACCGUUUUCCAACGCAUUUGCUAGCUUCAGGUGCAAGAUCAGUGUUUCCAAUAGGGGCCAGGUUAAUCAAUGUCCAAGUUGAGGACAGUUUAGUGUCUCAUUGAGGGCUAGCCCAGUUUUUAUGAGAGUGUGGCUAGCAUAGUGUUCGUGGUGAAGGUUAGCUUGGUGUCCAAGGUGAGGGCUGGACAGCAUUAGUGGUAAGGAUAAUUCUGAGUCUAUGGUGAGGACCAGCCCAACCACCAAGCCUUUCCUUCUGGACAAGGCAUCACGGCUUCAGAGGUGGCAAGUCCCUGCUGCCUGAUUCCUCCCUUUGCCCCUCAGGGUGACCCACACCUCUCCCCUUCCAUUCCAUUACCCCACCAAUAUCCCUGGGGGUGGAUUCUCCUUCCCCUAUGGAGCAGGUUUGGGAGCUUUGCUCAGACCCCAAACAAAGGUGAAGAAAACCUGAAUAUGGGGUGGGACUGACCUUUGGGUGGACCUCCUGCAGAGAGUCGAAGAAGGGUUCGAAGGGGGGUCAAAGUGGGUGAUGGAGCGCAAGCCCGUGAACAGACUCCGGUUCAGCACCUUCUGGAAGUGCCGCUCACAGAUGUACUGGGGGAGGGAGUAGAGGAGGAAGGUCACAGCCAGGCAGAGCCAGGGUCAGCUCCUAGUCCAGAUGGCGGUCCACCCACCUGCCUUGGCCAUCCUUACCCUCAACCCACAUACCCACUGAGCUGCCCUGCCUGGCCGGCCCUGAUGUACCAGCAUGGUGGUCCUGAGGUCAAACUUCUCAGCCAGCUGGGUGAUGUAGAUGUGCACGGACACCAGGUCCUGGUGGUCAUUCUCCUCCACCCCCCAGAUGAUGUCAGCCAGCCACUCAAACCGCCGCUGGGUCCGUGUCACCCAGAUGAAGUAGAUCUGGGGACAGGGCUAGAGCUUGGGACCCAGCUCAUCUCAGGCUCCCUACACCCCAGGAAUCAUCACACCAAUAGAAGUCUUCUGGUCUCUAGCAGCUUGUGCCUCUCCCAAGAUAGUCUGGGGAGGUGGAAAUGUAUGGGGCCACAGGGCCGUGCUCUGAGGCAGAAGAUGGUGUUGCCCCAGGGCACAGAGCAGUGGAAGUGAGCAAUAGACUGGGGCCAUGAGAAAGGAGCCUGUCAAGUGAGCUGAAGGUCUGUUGGGGUGGGAAGCAGCUUUCUCUUGCCGAGCCUGACCUUCCACUCCCUCCAGUGGGCCCUGCUCAGGCUGCUAGGCUCCCAACCUACAGGCUGCCCAGAGGCAGAGGGUCCCGCUAAGGGGUAUGUCACAGAACAGCCUCUGGAAAGACCCAGCUGGCUGCCUGGAGUGGAUGGGCAUGGGCUCAAAGAGAGACCAGGGGAAUGGAAGCUGCCCCGGGGGGUACCCACCUCCAGCUUCUGAUGGGGAGAAAAGGGGCUGUGUGAGUUAAGAGGCAGAGACAGAGCUGGUACGGACAGAGUGGCAGGGGAGCUGUCACCCUCUGAGUGCUGACAGCAUACAGGCUGGGCCUCUGCCUGCUGCAUUCCUGUGGCCCUGACUCACCUGCCAGGCCCAGAGAGACAAGCAGGGGCCUGCCACCAGGGCCAGGGUGAGGCGAAGGGGCCUGGUGUGGAGGAGCCUCAGGGCCUGGGCUGUGCUCCUAGAGCCAUCCAGGCCCGCCAGCCCUGCCUUGCUGCCUCCCCUCCUCUUCCUCUUGAGAGCAGAGCCAGUUUCACUUGUGCCCCACCCCAAGUAUGCCCUUCCCUCUCCCGACCGGACCGGACAGUGCUUCAAGUGCUGGCUUCCUCUCCAAUGCUGCCUGGAGGGACUCUCAGAAGCACAUCGUACGUGGGGCACCCCCUAACUGAGGGAAGAGCCUGGAAGGCAUCAGCAAAACAACUCUGUCCCUUAGGGUCCAGGAAUACCCCGAGUCCCUUGGGGUCAGGCCAACUCAGCCUUUCCCAGACCAGGGAGGCCAAGGACAGAGGCAGGAGACAGGUUCAGAUGGACACAGUGAUAGGGAGCAGGGGGCCAGGGGCUGGUGGGAGGAGGGGACACUCACCUUCCUACAGAACACUUGGCAGCUGACCGAUGACUUGGUCUUUGAGGAUGGAGGCAAAGGGGGUGACCCCAAUGCCCCCUCCCACCAGCACGGACACCUCAAACUUACGCCACUCCUGGUGGCCCUCUCCAAAUGGUCCAUCAAGGCACAGCUGCAGGGAGGGGAGUGUGU